UGUGUGAGUGCAUUGUAAAAAACCUCACUGGAAAUAGCAAAAGUGUGAGGUAAAGUGAGCAAUGUGGUGACAAAGGCUGUGUUCUUCCCUCAGGUUAUCCACAUCUGCCUGGCAGUUUGUAUACCAGUCCCUACAUUCCCGUUGGCCAUAUGGAACACCCACAGCUGGGCCAGCAUGCACUCUUUGACUCUCAAAAAGAAGGUUUCUACCUGUCUAGUCCUGUGGGUCAGCCAUCUUUGCACUCCCAGUCCAGCCUCUCCCGCAGCCCUGGUGCCCACAUGCCCAGCUCCCUCUCCAGGGAGAAAGAGCAUCUGCUGGCCCACAAAAGCCUGAAGGACCCAUUGAGGGAGCGGGAGAGGGACAGAGAAAGGGAAAUGGGCAAGGAGAAGGCCUUCAAGAUCGAGCUGGGUGCACCGCUGCAGAGGCGGGAUCGUGAACGGGAUCGAGAAUGCGAACGUGAGCGAGAUCGGGAGCGUGAUCGGUCCAGGGAGGAGCCGCGUCCCCACAGCGUGGUGGACCUGACGCAGGAUGUCAAGACCGAGGACGAGCGGGAGCGGCGGCCUCUCUCCGGGUCGGAACGGCUCGGAAAGAGCGCCAUGGAACACGCAUGGCCAGCCUUCCACCAGCACCCGCUUGCAUCGAGCGUGCCCGACGCCAAGCCCAAGAACCCGCUGCAAACGUCCUCGCUCAGCAACUGCCGGGGCAGCAGUGGAGGCGGGACCAGCCAAGGUGGCUCCUCGGCCCGAUGCCCGAGCGGAGAACCCGACCGAGAUCGGGGUCCCCGCGACGACGAGAACGCUCGGCCCGGCGUCGGGUGCCUCGGGAGCCACCUGCACCCAGCGGACCGGCAGAAGAGGUGCGACUCGAUGUCCGCUCCGGGGGGCCCUCUGCACAUGUCUUACGCCGUCCCUUCCUCCCUGCAGAGCCCCCUGUCCCAUCUCCCUCCCCGGCUGGUGUCUUCUGGCACCUACCCUCCCCCUCACCACAUGCCGCCCAGCCUGUACCCCUUCUACUCAGCCUCCAAGGAGCCAGGAAAGGAACACAGAGUGAUCGCUCCCACGUACGUGCCUUCUGUUGAGGUUUACGAUGAGAGGAAAGGACCGAUCCAAAUUGCCUCGCAAGCCCGAGACAAUAAAAAUGACAAAAGCAGGGAGAGGGAGCGGGAAAGAGAGAAAGACAGAGAAAGAGAGAGGGACAGGGAAGCCUACAGAUCAGUCCCACUGGUUGAUAGGACUCAUGCCGACCACGGACGGUCCUCGGUUAGAAGCGAGUCCCCCCUUCACUCGGACUUCAAAAGAGACAUUAUGAGGGAGGAAGGCUCAGUCAUAAGGUCAAACGGUUUAGCCAUAAAACGCCCCCCACCCUCCGAUAUGUGCACAAGCAAAUCCAGGCACAGCCCCGACACUCGGGACUAUCCUAGCGCCCCGUCCAGACACAUGAUCAAAAUGGGCCUGGAGGCAGAGAGUCGCAACCAGGAGAGGGAGAGGGAUCGGGAUCGGACUCCCCGGCCCACACACCCCUUCACAGGGAUGGACCCAGCCGCACUGCAUGCAGAUCCACAUCCCCACAAGGGCUUUGCAACAGCAGAGCCCAAAUGGAAACCUUUCGACAUGGGCAACUACGCUACCAACCACAUGGCUGCUUUGGCCUCCCACCACGGACACACGGGGCACGGAGGGGGCGAGGAAGGGGGCAAGCGAAUGUACCUAGACCCCUCCGGCCUCCACCGGCCCUCCGGCAGCGGGAACAGCCCUGAGGGCCUCCACCCAGACCCUCACCCUGGCGAGGUGUCGGCCAUGCAGAGCCUUAUCAAGUACAGCGGAAACUUCCCUGGCGAGCCUGGCUCUAGGCUCUCCCCUGGGGGGGGCAGGAGCCCGUUUGGGGGGCUCGGGAGCAUGAAGCUGGAGGCCGGCGCUGGCCUCGGCCACGGCCUCGGCCACGCCCAUGCCCACGGCCACGCCCACGGCCAGGGCCACGGCGCCGUCUCCAAGGUGCAGCACCUCCCCCCACAGCAGCCCGGCAAGCAGCUGAAGAGGGACCCAGAGAGGCCUGACAGCGCUAAGUCCUUUGGCCGAGACGGAGGGGGCAGCGCUCAGGGGGAGGUGGAGGUACGGCACCCGCCCGUCGGGAUCGCUGUGGCCGUGGCCCGACAGCGGGACAACAGCAGCAAACCCAGCUCAGGACCAGGGGACAGGGAGCGGCCCAUCCCAGGAGGAGGCAUCAAAAGCUCAGGUCACGCUGAGGACGACCGAGGGGAUGAGCGCACGCGUCACCGUGACGACCGGCUCCUGACUGGCCGUCUCGAGCGAGAUCAAGAGAAGGUUUUGAGGGAGAGUAAGGAGCUAGCCGAGUACACGCAGAUGCAUCCCCCAAUGGUGUCGGCCAGCGGACUCAACCCCAACCUGGUGGUGACCGGCGGGCAGGCCCUGGCUGGAACGGGGCGAUGGCCCGGCGACCCAGCCUCCCACCUGGCCUCCCACCACUGGCUGUCUCGCUCAGGUGCUCCAUCCAUGUGGCUUCCCGGCUCCCACUACGGCCUGCCACCCCACUCCCUGCACCAGGGCAUGUCCCCUGGGUACCCUCCUGCCAUGCCAGGCUCGAUCCCAGCACCGUACCAGUUGGCUCGCGAUCCCCAGUCUGGCCAACUGAUUGUCAUUCCUGCAGAGCAUCUGUCACAUUAUGCGGCAGAGAUGAUGGAGCGCGCCCCCCCAAUGUGGCCUGCGCUCUACCCUCAGGCGGGCAGCUCCCUGCAGCACGCGCACCAGCUCCAGAUGCUCUCCCACCAGCAGCUCGUCAGGCAGCAGGAGCUCUACAUGAUCCAGCAGCAGGCCGCACAGGUCAUGGAGAUGCAGAGAAACGCACAGUUCGUGGAGAGACUAAAGGCCAGCGAACAAAGGGCUGACAUGGAGGACAAAGUGGACAAAAGAGCCGGCGAGGGGGGCAACAAAACGGGCCUCUCGGCUGUCUCUGCUCCGCCGCUGCAUCCACGCAAGCCACCACCGCGGCGCUCCCCUACGCCCUCCACCUCCUCCUACAGCAAAGCCCUCACCCCCCUGCCCAUCGCCCCACUUUCGUCACCGUCCGGCGUCACGACGCUCAAGUCCGAGGAACACCCCAAGACAGAGAAGCCGUUCCCACAGCAGUCCUACUCGCACCCGUCGACCCCGGCACCGCACACCCCCAGCCCGGCCUCCGCCUCCCCGUCGACCCCCUCGCCGAUUCGGCCCAAAGAGGAGUCGGUGGAGGUGGCCGAGAAGGAGGGGCUGGAGCUGCAGAAGCAGGCGUCGGCCCCUUUCCAGUCCAUGUAUCCGGAAAUUCCUCCUGGCUACCCGUACCCACCGUUAACCACUCCGUUCGCCAGCCACUACCCCUACCUCCUUCAGCCGGCGGCCGCUGCAGACGCCGAUGGCCUGGCCCCGGAUGUGCCGCUCCCGGCGGAGACCUCGGAGCACCUGGCCGUCGUCGCCACCACCGACGUCAAACCCCGGCACCUGUGCUCUCCGGUGGUGGUGGAGCCCCUCCAAGCCUCCCGAGAGCUGGAGGCAGCGGAGAGGAGGAGCGCCUCCCCCAAGCAGGAGCCUGAGCUGGAGGACUGCAAGGAGGGCCUGAGCCAUGAGGGCCUGGCUGCUCUGAGCCGUUCCGGGUUGGCCCCGCAAGCCAUCUGUAUGGAGGACGCCACCGGCCCGGCAGAUCUGGAGGUCCAAGAUCGAGUUGCGGUCCUGCCCAGACUGGAAGACCGCAUGGACAGCACAGAGGAUGGUGGAACCAUCAAAGUGGAAGUGGCAUCCUCCUCUUCAUAUGGCUGCGUCCAGCCGUAUCUGAUCCCAGAGGUCCCGGUACCAGUCUUGGACAGCAGGCCCAAAAUGGAGGUUCCGGAGAGGUACAUCAGCCUGACAGACUCUGCUUUCCAGCCCUUGGUGGGUCCUCCCGAGGCCUGUCCACAGGAGUCCGAGAUGGUUUAUCCGUCUGAACAGGCCGUCCCCACGCCGGAGCAGCUUGGUGUGGCCUGCGAGCUGCGGGAACCCGUCCCAGUGUGUGCAUCCGCGCCUGCGUCUCCAGAUGACGAGCCCCUGCAAUCUGACAAUCUGUUCCCCACACACACCUCCCCCCCGCCCCUGCAUCUGGCCCUCCCCCUGGCCUGCUCCCCUGCCGUCACCAUCCUGUCCGAAGACCCCAUGGCUGGCCUGUUUGCCCUGGUGGCUGCUAGUGAGCUGCCGCAGGCUGGCUCCCUGUUUGUCCCCGCCGAGUGCAGCGCCAUCGUCACCCCUCUGGAGUCGUCUGCCCUGGAGGGCAUCGCCCUGCUCAGCCAACUGGCAGAACUGGAGAUGGAGAAGUGUCAGGAUGAUGCAGCACUGCGCCUGGAGUUCUGCGGCCUGGACACCCUUCUGGAGGCUGGCAGGCAGGUGCUUCUGGAGGCCAUCGAAAGCCAAUCCCAUAUCCGUCUGCCGAGAGAACUCGACCCCAACAAGAAGUACAGCUGGAGGCAAAAGAAGGAUGAGCCCAUGUUCUCCAAGGCCUCGCUGGAGGCGAUUGAUGCCAUGGAGGUGGAGUACCGCAUCCGGCUGGCCGAGCUGCAGAGGAGGUACAAGGACAAACAGCGGGAGCUGGUCAAGCUGCAGAGGUGGAAGGACAGCCAGUGACAGCAGGAGGAGGGGAGCCGGAACAUGGGCAGACGCGGGCCGGGUCGGCCACGGAAGCGCAAGCACGGGCUCUGUGCCUUGUCGCCGCAGAGGACCACCGCCAAACCGGACACCAAGUGUGCAAAGGUGGGCAGAGGCCUGCUCUACUCCGAGGACUCUGAGAGCGGUGAGGUUUUGAGGAAACGGUUUCGGGGUUCAAGUCGGGAUGAGGACGAGGAGCUGGACAGUGGAGCUAUGAGGGGGAAGAGGAAGCACAAGAGCUGGAAUGACCCGGAAGCCUCAUCCAGUUACUCCCAUGAGGUGCCUAGAAAGACCCAUAAAAAGGGCAGAGUGAGCGAGCAGGAGCAGCUGGCUACCAAGCUGGACAAGGCCUUGUCGCUCACUAAACUGGGUAAAUUCAGCAAGUCCUCCAGUAGGUUUACAGACAUUGCCUCAGGGAAGUCUAGGUCUAGCGCGGGCGGCAUCGGUAGCAGUGGUAGCAGCAGCAGCAGCAAGCGGCCCAUGCUCACAGACGUCGACGCCAGGGCCAAGGUGGGCAAGUCGGGCCUGGCCAAAGACCUCGGCUUCGUGCACAAGUCCUCUUCCAAAGGAGGUAAAAGCAAAUCGGCCGGCAAAUUGAAAGCCCCCGAACCCGGCCUUAAAGGAAUAGCUCAGCGGAAGGUGUCGUACUCCCCGGCAAGAUCCGAAGUCAGCAGCUACUCCAACAACACCGACUCUGAGGAGGACGACUCCCUGAAGGAAAGCUGGCCUCCGCACUCCAUGUUGGGCAGACCCAGCGGCUCACGGCCCCCCAUGCCAGGCAUGUCCAGCACUCCGUCCAAGAAGAAGCGUCCAGCGUCGAAGGGGGCCUGCGCCUCGUCGGCGACCCUCAAAGCCAAGCAGGCGGCCAAAGACCGGAAACACAAGCACUUUGCAAUGCUGCUGCAGGAGGCAGGCGUCAGCUCGUCAGAAGACUCGUUUGACCAAGAGUAUCUGACAGAUAGGGACGAGUCCGACGAGGAUGACUACGAGGAAGAUGACUACGAGUAUGAGCUAGACGAGAGCGAUGGGCUGUGCUCUUCCUCCUUCGAGGAGAGCGGGCUCGGAAUGCUGGCUCGAUUCGCCGCCAGCGCCAUUCCGAGCCCCGUGGUCAGCAGCCCCCUCUCGCUCAUCCAGCUGGAGGCCAAGGAAAAGGCCAAAAAGAAACAGGAGAGGCAAAGCCUUCUGGGCCCCGACUUUGAUCUCACCGACUCGGAGAGUGACGGAAAGAUGCGGAAGAAGUUCCCCUCCCUUCUCCAGGGCAAGCGGUCCGCUCCUGAGCUCCCCCUGCUGCCGCCAGCCAGCGUGGUGCGGGAGGAGUCCAGCCCCAGCAAGCGCGGACGGAAGCCCAAGAAGAUCAAAUCCCCGAGAGAGUUUAGUCUGGACUUCGGGGCAGACGGCAGCGACGAUGACCGCUGGACGCGGCGACGCAGCGAGCGGAUAUUCCUCCACGAUGCCGCCCUGGCCACUCCCGUCUCACCCACCAGCAAGCCCCCGCCUCCUCUUACCCCGAAACCGGCCCGCACCCCCAAGCCCAGCCCUCAGAGCCCUAAGGAGGUUACCAAACCUAAGGAGAUCAAAGAACUCAUCAAGAAAAAGAAGGGGAAGGAGAGCCUGACAAGUGUGGUGCCACCUCAGCUGGCCGGCUCACAGGUGGAGAGCAGCCCUGCCGUGCCUGUCAGUCCCGGACGCAAGGCCAAGGUCAAGCCCAAACCCAGAGAGCAGGUGCGCUCAGGAAAGGGUGGUGCCGUCAGCAGGUUGAUGGAGAGCAUGGCCGCUGACGAGGACUUCGAGCCCAACCAGGACAGCAGUUUCUCAGAGGAUGAAAAUGAAUCCGUCAACACUGCUCAGCCCGAGAGGCCCUGCACACCUGCUCCUCGCAACUGCGUCAUCGACAAGGACGAGCUGCAGGACGGCCUCCGGGUCCUCAUCCCCAUGGAUGACAAGCUGCUUUACGCCGGCCACGUCAACACCGUCCACUCCCCGGACAUAUACAGUGUCGUUGUGGAGGGAGAGAGAGGGAACAGGCCUCACAUCUACUGCCUGGAACAGCUUCUCCAAGAGGCGAUUAUCGACGUGAAGCCCCCAUCUGUGCGCUACCUGCCCCAGGGGACCCGGAUUGCAGCCUAUUGGAGCCAGCAGUACCGUUGCCUGUACCCUGGCACCGUCGUCCGAGGGACUUCCGACAUGGACGAAGCGGACAACCUGAUAACGGUGGAGUUUGACGACGGAGACACGGGCCGAAUUCCCCUGUCACACAUCCGGCUGCUCCCCCCCGACUACAAGAUCCAGUGCGCGGAGCCGUCCCCUGCCUUGCUCGUGGCGUGCACUAAGCGACGCGGAAGGAAGGCCAGCAAGGACGUUCCGGAGAGCAAAGAACCCGUGCCCAAGCCCUCCGAGGACUCUGUCGCCAAGAGCCGGGGCAGGGGGAGGAAGCCCAAGCCCAGGCCUGAUCCUGAAGUGGCUCCAAAGGAGCAUGAAAAGCCUGCUGACGUAUCGGCCCCUCCGCCGGCCAAGGAGAAAGCUCUGGUGGCCCAGAGAAUCGGGCCCAGGCCGGGCAGGAAGAGCCUGCAAAGCAGGAGCAGGAGCAGCAGCAGUGCCGUUAGUGCGUCCGCCAUCACGGGGCAGCCAGGCGAAAGCCAGAAGAAGCCAGCGGGAGUCAAGGCACCGGCCAAGGUGCGUCCGCCACACCCGCCGCAGUCUGUCUACACCACCCCCAUAUACGGGAAAGUCCUCUCCGUGGACCUCUACAACGAUCCGUCCACUUCCUUGGCCGCCUUCAUGUCCGGGAAAGAGGCUGGCGUUGUUGGCGGCGGCAGCAGCAGCAGCAUUGGGAAGGUGAAGCCGGUGAAGCGUCUGAGGAAGAGCGAGGAGAUGGUGGAGUUGGCGUUCGGCACCAAAGCCCAGAGGAAGCAGCCUCCGGCCGAGAUCCUCAUCAAGCUGGACCACGAAGGGGUGAUGUCGCCCAAGACCAAGAAGACCAAGGCACUGAUGAUGAUGGAGGGCCAGAAUCUCUCCAAGAGGGAGAACAAGGCAGUGCUUGGGGUUGGCUUUACCUCUGUCACCCCCACAAGCAGCAGCAGCAGCAGCAACAACAACAACAACAAUAACAAAACCAACACCAACUCCUCCACGUCCUCCACCUCCCCAGCCAACACCUCCAACACCACUAUUGUUAACACCAGUGAGAAAAACAACAGCAAGCCCAAGACCAAACUUGAAGUGGAGGCCCCAAAGGUAGAAGGUGGGUCCACCUAUGGUGUGCGUAAGGUGGGCUGUGGCAGCGAGGGUCUGGUUAAAGUGAAGGGCUCUGGAGAGGUGGCGAAAAAAGAUGUGGAGGAGGAGUCUGUCAGCAGUAGCAGUAGCAGCAGCAGCAGCUCUGAGUCGGAGGUCGAGGACGAGCAGGCGCCAGCCGCGGUCAAAAAGGACAAGAAGUUGAAGGUUGCUGCAGCGAAGCAGGACACCAGCCCCAACAGCUCGCGGGCCUCAAGCCCCGUCUCCUCCAACUCUUCCAACACCUCCAACUCCUCCAGCUCCUCCAGCAGCAGCUCCUCCUCCUCGGCCGGCUCCCACUCGUCCUCCUCGUCCUCCACUUCAUCCACCACCGACGAUGAGGAGGAAGAGGAGGAGCUGUCGUGCAGCUCAGACGAGGAGGCGCCCGUCCUCUCUCAGGCAUCCCCGACCACUCCCAUGCAGGAUGCCCCUCAGCAAGAGGAGGAGAAGCCACAGGAGGCAGCCGAGGAGGCCCAGGCCCAGCCUACAAAAGCCCGCAAACAGGAGCAAAGGCCCCAUGCCCAGCCACAGCAACAACAACAACAACAAUCGACGGAGAAACAGCCGAAAUCCCAGAAGCUGAAGCAGCAGAGCAGUGGCCGGCCCAAAAGACGAGAGGGCACCCACCUGCCCACCACCAAGGAGCUGGCCAAGCGGCAGAGGCUGCCCUCGGUGGAGAACCGACCUAAGAUCUCCGCCUUCCUGCCCGCCCGGCAGCUGUGGAAGUGGUUUGGGAAGCCUACUCAGAGGCGUGGAAUGAAGGGGAAGGCAAAGAAGCUGUUCUACAAAGCGAUCGUGCGCGGCAAGGAAAUGAUCCGCAUCGGAGACUGCGCCGUGUUCCUCUCGGCCGGGCGGCCCAACCUCCCUUUCAUCGGACACAUUCAGAGCAUGUGGGAGUCCUGGGGCAACAACAUGGUGGUCCGCGUCAAAUGGUUUUACCACCCAGAGGAGACCAACCCUGGCAAGAAACUUAACGACAAGAAGAACUGGGAUCAGAUGUCUGGAAGGAGUCUCCCCCCCGCCCUGCAGGUAUCCAACCAGAGGAAAGACUUCAUGGAGCGAGCCCUCUACCAGUCUUCUCACAUCGACGAGAACGACGUGCAGACCAUCUCCCACAAGUGUUUGGUGGUCAGCCUAGAGCAGUACGAGCAGAUGAUCAAGACCAAGAAGUACCAGGACAGCGAGGAUCUCUACUACCUGGCCGGCACCUACGAGCCCACCACCGGCAUGAUCUUCAACACCGACGGCGUGCCAGUCAUCUGCUGAAGCUCGUCAAUCUCUCUCUCUCUCUCUCUCUCAGAGCUCAAACCCCUAUGCAGCUUGCAGUGGGGAUGGGUGGGAUAUGUACACAGAUCUCUACAAGGGCUGAUCCGGUGCUUUAACCAACGCAUCACCCCCCAAUCCCCCUGCCGUAUCUGCGUCAAGGUUGGAUAGGAGGAGUGUGUGAAAAGCAUUGACAAGAAAAAAAUGUGUUACCACACUGCCUUCUGAGGAGAGUUGAGUGAGAAGACGAAACAUUAUUUCACUGGAUUUGACUGGUGGCUUUCGCCCAAAUUGGAUGCCUUCAGACUCUCAAUUUUUUUUCAAAUUGACUUCAAUAACACUGCGUUUUUGGAGUCGGUGGCAGCUCAUAAUGUGUCUGUAUUGAAGCCGGGCCCAUGCAGGGGCUUGGCCGACUAAUUGGGAGGAUAUUUUUAACCCUUGUAUAAUGGAGCACAAUCCGUUUCUGUUCAGACUUGGCGUAUGAAAGAAGGAAAACGAACAAACGAAAAGCCAUGUAGUCUUUGGGAGAGUCUUUUCCGUAUAUAUGUUUUCAGGAAGGAAAGAAGGGGAAGAACGUUUGCGGAAAUAAAAUAUAUCACUGACAUCGAGGGAAGGGAAAGAGGAGCGCGUGGAGAACAUCAACUUCAAGGUCAACUGUGUCUGCACAGCUGAGCCACCCCCUUGUCUCAAACCAUCACCAGCACUACUACAAUGGAGGUGACACUACUCCCAUGGGACAGAGUCUCAAGGGCCACGGGUGGAGGGGUGUUUAGCCAGCCAGACAUCCGGGUGCUCGGGGAACGGCCCAUGGAGCACUUGAUUGGAGAUGACAAGUCUCGUCACGCUCGCCGCUCCAGUCAGCCCAAGGAAGACUGACGUGACAUCUUCGCCCAGGCCGCCAUGUUGUCCGUUGACCUCUCCGUGAAUCCACAGCGGAAAUUCCCAAGGAGGGAGGAGUGACUUAAUGGGAGCGGACAGAGACACUGCUGGCCGCAGUCAGACCAGGCUCCCAGCUGCUGUGACUUGGAAGCGCGCUAAUGCCUCGAACUGUCCAAAGAGAUAGAAAUGCCAUUUCGGAAAGGAGGCAGAGUCUGGGAAAAAAAAGAAAGGAGGGCAGGGGGAAGAAAGAAGAAUGCCUCUCUCCUCUCCCAUCAUGAGACCCACGCACAGGACAUUGAGGUCGGACCGUCCGCUCAAGAUCUGGCUGGUCCUCCUCACCACACUGUUUAUUCACUGGAAAGUGUGAGUCAGUUUUCCAACGAGCGGCCCAAGAGAUCUAUCAGUACAUUUACACAAGCGUUUCCUGGAGGCCGCAAGUCAGAAAGCUCUUCUUUUAUGACUCAAUGGCUGUUCUGGAGCUGGAGGGAUCCCGGCAAAGCUUGUAUAGAUUUUGUCUGUAAAUACUUGUGUACACACACUGCUAUAUAUAUAUAUAUAUGUACAUAUAUAUAGCAAUGACACAUUUUAUUUUCAUGUACCAUAGAUUUAUGUGAAAUUAAUUUUUUUAAAGAGCUAAAAGAUGAAAAAAAACUGUGAACAAAAUUCUAAAAUGAGAGAGAAAAAAAAUCAGGACUUUAGGGUAAGAUGUUACUGUAUCUAAACUCAGCUGCCCACUACAGUACAUGUAUGACAUGUUGUAUUGCCAACGUGUAAUUCUAUGGCUACAAUUACAACACAAUGGGUUUGUGGAGUCACUGACAGUAUUCAGUACCUACUCUGGUUGACAAUACUGCAGUUUUACAACAGAAAGCACUUAAACUCUGCCCUUGGCCUUGUGUAAGACCGACUUCCCUUGACAAUCCCCCAGUGCAGGUGGACUAGAUGUGUGAGGGUAUUGGAUGUUGCAGCUGUUGCCCGUCAUGGACACAGGUCAGGGAGACAUUUUCACUUCGAGACACCAGAACAGACACCUACGUCAUGCUCUCUUUACCGUGGCCUCCCGCCCCCGGCAGAAGGGUUGUACAUAUUUCUAAUUUCCUCUUUUUCCAUUUUGCUGGUCUCAUUUUGUGUUUACCCUUUAUAUACCCGUCUUUGCUCCUUCGCAGGCAAACGAAAGAAAACAGCGACAUGGUAUUCAUAAAAGAACUUUGCUAUAAUUGACAUGGCUUUUAUGGCAUGAGCAAUGAACAAAAGAGAAAAAAAAAAUAAUCAGUGGCAUGAUAGUGGCUGUGAGUGUUAUUCUAAAAGCUUCUGGCAUUUUCUUUUCACCUGUGCGCAUCCAAGAGCACACUUCUGCCCAUGUUCACCGCAGCUUCUCAUCUUAUUCUGGUCUGUGUGUUUGUGUGGUGUGCGCUUACUAGCCUUAACCUCGGUCCCCUUGUUGGCGACUGUGCAGUGUGUUUAAAAGUUAUUGUUGAAUGUUGCUCAUUGUGAAUAGUGCCCAUCGAUUUUAAUAUUGUAUUCCAAAGAACUGGCCAUCCAUCACCACAGGCCCGUGAAUGCUGUUAGGACCAGGCUAUUUCUCUGCUGCUUACCUAGUCAAGACCAAUCAAAUGUAUUUGAUUUUUUUUGUGGGGAAGGGGGGGGGGCAUUGUUUUGAUGUCAAAUACUUAUUUUCAGCAUGGAGAGCUCUUUAUUUUCUUAACAGUGUGUUGAUUGUUCUGGGUUAUUUCGUAAUUAAUCAGUUGCAUAUUUGUGCCUAAUGUUAAGAUGGUGAACAAGAGGAGGUUGAAUGUUUUUUGUUCUUCUUUUGAUUGGACAAUGAUACUAUACGUCCAGUUAAAUUGGGCAUGUUUCAUGUAAAUGUGCCUGGUAAAAUAAUGUUGUUUUUUUUGUCUCUGAUUGAAAUGUACUAAGCCCAUAGUACUAAGGUUUCAGAAAAUAAUACGAUUACUGCCAUCUCUGAAAGAUGAUUUAGAGGACUUUACCUGUCCUACUCAGAGUUAUAACUUAAUUAAGAGGCUACAUCUAUCUUGUUUUUAUAUCUGUUUACUUUUGUGUGUAGAUAUCAGCCAUAGGUCUAGCAUGACUUUGUGUAGCCAAAUUUCUCCAAUGCCACUUGCUUUGCUACCUCCCUGUUAAAUUGAGCAUGUCAUGCUUUCCAUUGAUCAUGUCUGGUCUGCCUGUAUCCCCCCACCCCCUUUACACUUUUUUGUUUUUGUAAGCAUGGAGGCCACAAAGGUCUUCUCUUUCAUCAUCACUGAAUGUUGUGCUUUGAAUGUCAACCCUGUCCUUAAAAUGGCUGCCAUACAUAUCCAAUCGAGUUUUCACGGUUUUCCCUUUUUGUCUUUUGUUUUUGUUUCGAGUUUACGGAGAGAAGGCAAAAAGGGAAUUGACACUAGCUUACAUGCGGUCCAUGAAGUGGAGCAUGUGUCGUCCUCAAUAUUUCUGAACUUUAUAUUGUAGAAAUAGGUUGACACUAUUAUGUAUGUAGGGUCUGUAGGUAUAUAUGAGUUAUUAAGUCUGAAAUAUCUUCUCCACUUUUUUCAUGUGUGGUUGCCCUGUCUCUCUUAAAGAGAUGAUUUCUUGUUGAUAUUCAAUAGGUUUGAACAUGAUUCUUAACAUGUUAAUCGUUAUAUGUUGUUUUGAUAUAGAAUAAUAUAGCAUACACAUUCUCUCUGUACAACUGGGUUGGUACAUUUUUAAGCUCUGUGAAAUGGACCCAAAGCCGACUUGAAUGGUGCCAAAUAACCCAUAAAUUCAGAAUCUAAUGCCACGGCAAUCAAAUUUCCAUCAUCCAACACUAUUUACACUUUGUGUCCAGGUUGGGUUUUCAAAUGGUAUUUCUGUAUAUCGAACAGUUUAAUGUAUGCCCCUCUGGAGGAAGAAAAAAAAAAGACGAAGAUUUGCUCAGUCGAGUUGAGAUAAAAAAAAGCACUUUUUGACACAUUUUUGUAUGCACAUGUUUAAGCUAAAGCAAUGAUGACGCCUCCUGGAACAGAGUCAGAGCAGAACAAUCAAAGCAAUCACAAGUAUUUAUCUUGCCCAUGCCGCCCUUCACAACACAAUCACUUUAGUGAUGAACACUGGGCCUCUCAUUUCCCCUGGACCCUCAUCCCCGCCCAAUUAAACCUUUACCAUGGGUGUGAAACAGUGACCUCUGCUGGUCAUUAGCCUUGUCACAUAAUGGCCCCCAAGCCUUAGAUUGACUGACCAUUACUGGCAACACUGAAUCCCCCGAAACAAAAAUACACAUAUUGUAUAAAUGAGAUCUAGCAGGUGGACUAUAUACACUCUGUCACAAACAUGAUACCUUUCACAUGUUGGUUAUGUGUCUGCGUCUCAGUGUAUCUAUAGUAGGCGAAUGCACAGAAGGCAGUCCAUGGGUUUUAUGAGACACAUUCACCGUUAUUGCUUGCGGAGAGCCUGUAUUUGUCACUCUCUGAAUGGUUUUUUUAUUUCUAUUGGGUUUCCAGUCCGUUCUGUUCCUGUUCCUUACCUUACCUUUUCUUUUUUUUUUCAUUGAGGUCCUGUUAGUUGUUUUUUGCUAGUCAUAUUCCCCCCUCUCAGAACAACCGUCCUACAUGCUUUAUGUGCAAUACUGCUGAAAUUGGUUUCUGUGAGGUAGCUGCUAGUGAUGGAUAGAAACUGUUAAUGUGUGUGGGAGAGGAGAAAAAGAGCGAGUGUGAGAGGAUGCAGUCUGGAGGCUGGUCCUUCACUGGUCUUUGCUAGUCCCUCUGCAUCAGUUAGGUCCUGUUACAAAUUUAAAAUAAAAGCUUAUUUUGACAUUUUAAAAAGCAUCAAGGUUUUGUAAAUGAUCCUUUAUGUGAGAGGGGGAGACAACUAUGAAUAUACUUUGUACACACAUUUAAUCUUGUAAAAAAAAAAAGAGAAUACAUUUUUUUAAAUCUGAAAACAUACAAAAACUAUGGGUGUUUGUUUACCUGUGUGUAGUUCACAUAAUUGUUUUUUAACAACAGCAUCCAGUUUUAUCUGUGUUUUCUUUCAGAUUCUUUUCAAUAUUUUCUAGUUCAACAAUAAACAGAUAAAACACUA